AUGGCAACGAUGCCAAGAUUAACAUUGGUCCAGGCACUCAGCUUGACCACUGCACUCUUGCUUCGAUUGACUCCCGCCACUGCAUCGCCGCCGGCUUGGGAAGUCACAGCAUGGACUCCCUCGCAUGCAACCUUCUAUGGAGAGUACAACGGUGUCGAAACAAUGGGUGGUGCAUGUGGGUACGGUAAUCUGUGGUGGCGCGGAUACGGGCUCGAGACAGCUGCUCUGAGUGACACCCUGCUCAACAAUGGACUCACCUGUGGCGCUUGCUUCCAGCUGAAAUGCGACCUCGAUCAUGGCGGUUACAGCACCAGGUGGUGCUACAAAAACGUGGCUCCCAUCACUGUUACAGCAACCAACCACUGCCCUGCAAACUGGGCUCGUCCGACCAACAACGGAGGCUGGUGCAAUCCCCCACGUACACAUUUCGACCUGCCUCUCGUCAUGUUCAACCGGAUGGCACAACCAGUUGCUGGCAUCAUCCCGAUCGAAUAUCGCAGGUACGACAACAAUCCAGUCACCGAGUAUCAUAUCCUUUUGGCAGUAGAGGCAUCCACAUCCCAGUGCGAUUUGCAAUUUGUUUCCAGCACUCGCUACCGGCUCGUGGGCAGUUGA